AUGUUGGUGCGGUCAAAGCGAUGUAAUUUUACCGAACAGAACAAAAUGAACACAGGUGGAUCAAGGGUUAGAAUUGCAGCUGACCAUCAGGAGGACGCUUUCCACGCAGAGAGACACUUUAGAUCCAGUAUUCUCGAUAACAACAUAGUAGACGAGGUAUUAAGCAGUAACUUUGUAGAAAGCUUUGACAGCUUGUCCUGCAGGAAUGUAAACGCCCAACCUCGAAGUGGUGAUGAUGAUGAUGAUGAUGACUACUUCCUGCUGAUCAUCUUCGAUGGAACUGCUGUUGUGAUUGAUGUUGUUGUUGUUGUAUUUGAGGUUGCUCGAAAGUCCAGUGACGCUAUCCCUCACCUCCCCGCUACAACGCCCACACAGACACGCCAAAAACAUCCCCACGUAAAUUUCAACGUCAACCAUCCUAGCUGCGACCACGCCUCGAAACAAGUCCGUCCCAGCGCGUUGAUGACAUUCCAUGGCUGCUCGCAGAAUAUCGCCAUCGAUUCAGGGUCGCGUCGACGAAAUUACACAACUCCACAACUGGCCCAUUGCAUCUACUUUGAAGAAGUGAGUAGUGAGGUAUUUGUUCUCCGAGGGCCUCGCUUCAAUGACGUAUGUGAACUGCUUGCAUCCGUUUUAAUUUGUCCCCAUACAACUUCCCAGUGUAUUGACGACUGGGGAACUUCAGUCGUCCGUCUUCAUUACGCAUUUUCCUGCUGCUGCUGCUGCCAAUUUAACACGACGACGUUUGCGCAUUCUGUGAUGGACAGAAAGCAGAUUUUGGAAGACUAA